AUGAGCCUCCUCUUCCAGGAAUGGGAGCUCUUCCCCUCCUCCUCCCCUCCUCCUCUUCCAGGAAUGGGAGCUCUUCCUCCUCCUCCUCCUCCUCCUCUUCCAGGAAUGGGAGCUCUUCCUCCUCCUCCUCCAGGAGCAGGUGAUGUGGUCGUGGCCCGGACGUUUCACCCGGUUGGUCAGUGUUACUCGGCGCCGGUGAGGAGCGGCCCUCAUCCCUCGCUCCGGAUGAAGAAGCUGAACUGGCAGAAGCUGAACUCCAGAGCCGUCGCCGACGGUCCUUCAAUGUGGGCGUCUGUCACGAGCAAAUCUCAGCUGGAGCCCAAUUACAGCAGCAUCGAGCAGCUCUUCUGUCUGCCGCUGACCGAACCCAAAGACAAGAGCCCCGCCGCGCCGCUCAAGAAAGAGCUCAAGGAGAUUUCCUUCAUUGACGCCAAGAAGAAUAUGAACCUGAAUAUCUUUCUGAAGCAGUUUAAGUGCUCAAAUGAAGAGUUCGUGUCAAUGCUGCAGAAAGGAGACUGUUCGAAAUUUGACGUCGAGUCCCUAAAACAGCUGCUGAAACUGCUUCCAGAAAAACACGAGAUUGACAACUUAAAAUCCUUUCAAGGAGAUCCGGACAAACUGGCCAAAGUGGACCGCUUUUACCUCUCACUGCUGGCUGUACCCUGUUACCAGCUGAGGAUUGAGUGCAUGCUGCUGUGUGAGGAGACGCUGUCUGUGCUGGACAUCCUGAAGCCCAAGGUGGAGCUGCUGGAGACGGCCUGUGAGAAUCUCAGGAAAAGUUCACUGCUGCCCAGUUUCUGCAAACUCAUCCUCAGCGUUGGAAACUUUCUCAACUAUUUUUUCCCUUUUUGCCAGGGAAGCCACACAGGAAACGCAGAGGGAUUCAAGAUCAGUUCCCUGCUGAAACUCACAGAGACCAAAGCAAACAAGAGCCGCAUCACACUCUUACAUCACAUCCUGGAGGAAGCUGAAUUAAACCAUCCAGAGCUGCUGGAGCUUGCAGAUGACAUCGAGGCCUGUGAGAAAGCAGCCGGUGUAAAUCUGGACUCGAUUCAGGCCGAAACCAAUAACCUUCUGAAGAGACUGAAGGAUGCGGAGAAGAAAGUCUCGUCAUCGCUCGAGGACGUCAAGCAGCAGUUCUCGGGGCUCAUCGAGAAGAACCUGACGGCGUGUGAAGCUCUGGACCAGCGUUUCUCCAACAUGGACAGCAGGAAGGGUGAUCUGGCUCAGUAUCUGUGUGAAGACGUGUCUCAGCUCUCGCUGGAUGAGCUCUUCAGCACCAUCAAGACCUUCCGCCAGCUCUUCAUCAGAGCCCUGAAGGAAAACAAGAUCCGUAAAGAACAAGCGGCCAAAGCAGAGAAAAGAAAGCAGCAGCUGCAGGAGGAGGAAUCCAAGAGACAGAAAGGAGAAGACGGGAAGAUCAUCCGUAGAGGCGUGGUGCUGCAGGAAGACGGCUGCAUCAUCGAUCAGCUCCUGGCCGACAUUCGCAAGGGUUUCACUCUGAGAAAGACUCGUCCCAGGUGCGAAUCGGAAAGUGCCUCUUCUAGUGCAAUGCAUAGAGAUACAGGAGCGUCCGCAGCAAGUGUCAGGUCUGUCAGAGAAGAAGCUGGAUCGUCUCCAGAACGCACCAAACCCAGCGCUGAAGCCUCCUCAGCGAAUCAGUCUCCUGAAACACACAACACACAAGACACUGCCACGGCCAACACCGGGCACAACGUCAGGUCUGCAGACGCUCAUGUGACUCCAGUGAACACAAGCGAGCCCGUCUGUGAUAGUGACUCUGUGAAGAAUACAGACGAGCCGCUUCAUCGCACGGAUGGCGACGCUAGCGGUUCGUCUGGAAUACAGCAGGCGUGUGAUGAUGUGGACGGAGUGAUGUCACAAGCCCCGCCCACUCCUGCUGUAGGCCCCGCCCCGCUAAAACCUGAAAACAAAAAAUAUUUCUUCCCAAGAAACAAAAAAGGCAAUAACGAAGUGGAGGGUAACAGAGGGAGUGGACGCUCUGUAAAGGGCUGUGUGUUGCAGUGAGGAAGCUCUAGGAAAAGGAGAACAAGAGGGAGAAGGAAAAGUUGAGUCUGUUCCUGCUGUGAUCCUGUUAUUUCACUGGAUCUCUCUGGACUGGAUGAGAUCAGAGCCUCUGUUUCAUCUGCAGAGGAGCAACGGAUGGCGUAGUUCAAAGAAAUACACAUUGUACACUGUGUAUUUGAGUUUGGCUUAAAGAAAUGUAUUUUUAAAUACUAAAUCUUUAGAUUUGAACUAAACUGUUUUAAAUAUUUGCACACUGUAAGAUACAUUUAUGAGAGACCAAAACUUUGUUUACAGUUGAGUGUGGUUAGGAGAGAAAAAAAUGGCUAAUUAUGGAUUUUGCUGUGUUUCUCAAACCUUUAAGAUAACUUGUUAACUAUUAAUAUUGCUCUGAAUGUAAGCUUUAUAUAUUAUGAUGAUGUUUGGCAUUUAUGCAGAAAAGUAUUAGUGCAUUAUCAUAUCAUUUCGAAAAUAUUAGUGUAAUUUCUUUACAGAAAUAAUUAUUUUUUGUUCUUGCAGUGUUUGAGCUGGACUGUUUAGUAUCUUCAUUUGAGUGUGACUUUCAUAUUUAUGUCGGUAUGUAUUUGCAUCAAGAAAAUCUCUAAAUUAUAUAUAAAUAAAAAUGUGCAGUCAAUUAUGGGGUUUGUUCGUUAACACACAGUCUCACAUUCAUUGCAAUUUGAAAUUUCUGGCAUUUCGUCUUCAAUCACACGCCUUCACUUCUAAACUCCGCCCCCAAAUGCAUGUCAGCCAAUCACAAAUUCACAAUUCCGAAUGGACAAAAUGAUUGACACACUGAUGGCGCUCUCCCGACUGUUCUGCUUCUGUUUAGACUAUUUGAAUACAGGUUGAAAUUGGGUACAAAACGUUUAGUGACAGGAUUCCUGUCAAAUACUGCAUUUGUUUAUAUUGCAUUUGUAGGAAACAAUGAAGCCCCACCCUCUCGCCGAACACGUGAUCGUUAUUAGACGUGUUGUGAUGAAGUGCACCAAAACAAGACUUUUUUGACCAAAACACACUGAUCAUGAUCAAACUCGCAGCUUUCCUCCUUAUCCUUAACUUUCUGCGCUUGUAAACAGCGUAAUAUGUCUCCAUCGCUUCCAUCCAUGAACUGAAAUGAUUACUUGCGUAAAAUCAGUAUUGAUUGUAUCAGCUGAUGUUUUACGACUUGCACGCCCCAAAGUUAAAUGAAACCAAUCAAUAGUGCUUUGUUGUCACUGAUGCUAGCACCCAAGCCUAAAAAUUUACUUAAAUUUACUUUAAAAAAGCAGUAAAAUGGUUCAAUAUGAGGUGUGCAUAUAGUAUGGCAAGCCCCGUAUAAGAAUUAACCAUUAGCUUUUUCUACUUAUUAGAAAUGG